GCGAUGAGCAACGAUGGUGCAGAGCAUGGACUUUGACAUUCGUCAUCGAAAGUAUGAGAGACAUGGGAUUGCGGACGGACUGACACGACUGCACCGGCCUGAGAAGGGUUCAAAGGGUGAGGAGAUAAUUCCAUGGAACGAACCCGAACAGGAGAUCGGACCUCGGUACGGCCAAGUGGAGAUCUUAUCGAAGCAAACGAGCCACGUCACCACAGUGGCGGCAUUCAACGGCGACAUCAGCUCGGUCAAUCCGCUGCGGCAUACCGCAAUCUUGGCCUUGCUGCGCGAGUGGACGGAGCAAGUGUCCAACGUGUGGCAGCACGUCCUCGCCGGGGAGGGGUAUAACAUCAUCUCGAUCUUUGCAUCGGACAUUGACGGCAUUCGCCGAUCACCGCGCGAGCGGCCAAUAUUUGAGGAGUUGUCCUUCUGCCUGACCCGAGUACAAGUGAAGUGGACGGGCACUAUUGAGCACCCCACGUGGAUCGAGAAUCCGGAGCUGCUGAUCAUACAGGGUUGGAGGACUAACGCGGAAGGAGAUCUUAUUGGAUUCCUGUUUGGAUCGGUACGACUGGGUCGCCGUCAAUUGAUUGCACAGGAGCUCAUCGCACUGAUCGUGCAAUUGGCGGACGAUCUCUCGCCUGACAUCUACUUUCAAAGUGACAACAGUCCUGCUCCGUACAUUUUCGAGCGAUCCUUGGAUCCGUAUCUUCAGUGGACUUCGUGCUUGGAGGAACCUAGGGACGAGGAUACGCUACCAUCGCGGAAGGAGUAUCUGAAGCCGUACGAGAUCAUCCCGUACGCCUUCUACCCAAGGGCAGAAGAAGUGGUGAUUGACGACAACGACGACGAAGAAGAAAACGACGACGAGGAGACAUCAGAGGAGGGAAGCUAUAGUGAACAUAGCGAGGGCGAGCUGAGUGAAGAGGAAGAAGAAGGAACCGGGUCCGAGUGGGAAGCCCCGCCGGAGGAAGCGACGCGUACGGGAACGGAGGUGGAAGAUCCGGAAGCGGCGCGAAAGCGCGAAAAGAUUGCCUCCGGAAAGCGCCAGCUGGAGUUUGCUAGCGAGGCAAGCCUACGCAUCGGUAGCGAUCCGACUAGGGAUCCAGAGCCGUCGAGGCCCGAAGAUGGGGCCGCCACCUCAAGUACCGCGCGACGGAGACGGCACCGAUCCCCCUCCUCCUCCAGCCCCACCCGUCCCCCAGUUUGCCCACGUACCAAUGCGGGCGAUAGGCCUUCGACCUUGGACGCUGCCCCGCCGACCCCUUGAUUUUCUCACCCUCGAGCAGAUCCGUACCCCCGUCACCUUCCCUUCCCAUCCUUGCCAUCCCCAUCUCUUCCGCGACUUCU